AAGUUGAACAAAACAUUGGAGUGACAAGCGAAUUUGUGCUAAACAUUUAGACAGUGGUUUUUGUUUCGAAUUUUCUUAGUUUCCUGAUUUGCAUAAAAUGCGAAUCGAAGUUUUCUCCACUUUCCUUAUUUUUGAAGCGGUGGUCAGUCUCAAACACAAUGAUUUAAUUAUUGCUGUUGGCGAUACACUUGAGCUUCUCAGUGAUGGCAAAACAUUUGAAACACUGAAUUUAGAUUCUUACAACGCGUCGAAGUUGUCGGCCCUCGCGUACGAUCCUGCGACCAAAAAACUGUUUUUCUCCGACACUCGCCAUCGUCACGGCCACAUAUUCAGCGUUGAUCUCAACGACGAAUUUUAUCAUCCUGUUGUCGACAUUGUUGAAAAAAAGGAUAACGAAACUGUUGGCAGUUUGACGUACGACCCUGUUGAUAAAACGCUUUUAUGGAUGGAUGGAUCUAAUCGAUCCAUACGUCGCGUAAAGAUCGACCAUGAAACAUUCCAUACGGAAGAGAAGGGAGAUGUUGAAAUUCUGCAUUCGUUUGACAAUUCAAACAAACCAAGCGGAUUAAUUUGUGAUCCCUGUACAAGAAUAUUGUACUGGACAAAUGUACACCAAUCUCGUCCCACUAUAGAACGGUCCUUUAUCAAUGGAAGUCAUCCAAACGUUCUCAUUCAGAACGAUCUGUUCCAGCCGAUGACGUUGGAUCUCGACGUGCCGGAACAGAAACUCUAUUGGGCUCAAAGUCUUCGUAACGGUUCUUUCUACAUCGAAAGAAGCUUUGUGAACGGAACGGGAAGAGAAGAAAUUUACCGUGAUGUUGGCCAAAUUAUCAUCAGUCUCGCCGUGGGUGGUGACUACGUGUAUUGGGGAGACUACACUCAAAAGAAGCUGUGGUCCCUUAGAAAAGAUGGAUCUUCUAGCAGUCCGGUAACUCUUGGAACAUUUCGCAAUCCACCGACGAGUAUUGUAUUGCGACAUCAACCAUUGGAUUGCAGUCUGCUGAAACUCGCUCAAACUGAGCAAUUCAUCGCACAUGAAUCAGAAACUAUAACCAUCGUUUGUUUGACUAUUACUAGCCUCAUCAUAAUAGCUGUUGUUGCUAUUUUUGUAUUUAGAAGUUGGACGUUUAGAAGUGGUAGGACAUUGUUGAUCUCUGACAAAGAUGACGAUGCUUUCCCUUUUCAAGAUUUUGAGAACGGCAGAGACUGCAGAAAAAUGACGCAACAAGUGUAACAUAUUGGCGCAUUUUGCUGCUUUCAUUUUUCUUUCUCCUUGUUGAGAACUGCCAUGACCGAAAAAUUCGUUGUUUUAAAGCCAAACGCAACCCGUUUGUUUUACAUAAAAGUGUAUGCAUAAAAAAAGACUUUUGUUG